AUGACAAUUAUUUCAACGAACAUGGAGGCUCAAAGAGCUUUCCUUUCGGCCGUGACAUUCGAAAGGCAGAAAUCAUGGAAAAAGGUAUUUUGUUUCGCUGUUAUAACAUUGAACAAUCUCGUAUCGGAAAUAUUUUACAACAUAUCUGGUCAUUUAUUGCAAUAUUAAAGCACUAACAUCGAGCUUGUUACCAUUGGUUACGCAGUGUUCAUCAGUUAGCCUUUCUGUUGGUUCUUAUCAUUAAAAAUUUACCAUAAGGUCUGUGCCGAAUAUAAUGCUUUUCUUACGAAUUACAAUUUAGAAUAUAAUUCGAAUUAUCGACGGUUUUCUUCUUGAAAUGGGUAACCGAGCGUUUUCCUUUCAGCAAAGGAAAUUAUUUGGCUCUUCAAGAUUUUCAUAAUUAUUCUUUCAAUGUUUAUAAUUUUGCAAAAUGAAAACGAUGUCAGUAACUAAUGUAAAAUUAUAUUUAAGCUUUUAUUAUUCAAAUUUACUAAACUCGACUUCGGUGGGACUUCCAAAUAUAAAUUUAAACAGAACUUGAAAAUGUCAAUGCAAUGUUUGUAUCUAAACACUUCUUGGCAGAAGAGAGAGCUUCUAUCAUAAUUAGUAAAAGUAGUUUAGCAUAAAGAGACUACCAUUGUUUAAGAAGCACACUCAUAAGAAACGCGUGAGGAAAUAAAAUGUAUCUAAUUUUUUUUUUCUUCUUCUAACUAAAUGAAUUAAUCCGUUGAUACAUGCACAAGGCAAUACGAUUAAGAAUUAAAUUAGCCUGAAAAAUGUGUGAGACCGGCUCAAAUGCAAAUAUUAUUGCAAAAGCGGCCGAAAAACUGACAACAAAACUCCAUGUCUUAAUGUUAACGGGAACUUUCAAAUAAUGAAGUUUUAUCGGUUGUUAGGGUGACCAAUCAUCUUGUACAUUUAUAGAUAGGGAGUGACUUAAUCGUAAGAUAAUCAAUAACACAAUCACACAUACAAUCGAAGAGCGCCAUAUUGUUAUGUAACAUUCCGAGGGGAGUGGGGAAGGGGGCAAAAUUACCUUUUUCUGUUGACUUACUAACGAGGUCUCUACUGUGAGUUCCCGAACCCCAUUUUCCCGCUUGGAUUUAUGGGCAGCACACUUCGUGUUUGGACCAUAAAUCCUAGCGGGGAAAAUGAGGUCCUGUACUUCAGGGAAAAAGAAAUCGAGACUAUUUAUUACAUCUCUGGGUUAAAAUUGAAGGGAGUGAUUUCAAUUCAAACUAAAUUUUUUAAGUUAGCGGGCCGCACAGUGAAAUACAACCCUUUUAAUUAACAAUCAUGGCGUUCGUAUUAACUGAGAGAGAUGUAACAAGAAGUAUGAUAGGGUAAAUCAUAUCGUUAAGAAGUAUCGCAAAACUAAAAAUUGAAAUUAUCUUUACCUGGAGCGAAUAUCAUGAAAUAUAUUCCUAAAAUUUGUCUUGAAAUAUUGCCAGGCUGAAGCCAACUACAGGGAAGUGUUACACCUACUCUACAAGAUGAAAUGGAGGAAACACUGGAACAAAGAGAAACUACGGCUGCUGGUAAGUUGUAAUGGGCGAAACGAAAUUGCAAAGUUAUUAGGGCGUUAUGUAGCCGCUAAAAGUAAAGAAAAGCUAUCAUACCGAGUGCAGUUUCUUUCAUUCACUUCGCAGUUGUUUGAGUGUCAUUUCCACUGUGCAGUUGCACUGCAAAACCUUCUAAACUACCAGAAGGCAAUACGGCAGUUUGAGCGAGCCAUGGAGGUGGUCAGCUGGAAAAAGGUAAAGUGUGUGGUGUAUGAAUUCUAUGAAGUGUCACUCGGUUUUUUGCUUGAGAUAUUUCUUGGUUAACAGCAGCAAGAGAUAACGGCUUAAUCAUUGUUUUUUUUCGUUUCAGGAUGAGUGUCAGGCAGGUUGCAUCACGGGAAGGGUUCUUCACUUGCACGUCCCUACCCUUGCGAGAAUAUGCUUUUGUUACAUUCACUCAGGUAACUUUAUAAUGUUUAAAAGCAAGAGACAGGAUAUCUAAAGUUUCCUCUCUAGUUAAAAGUCACCACCACUAUUUUAGCUAAGCUACUAGUCGCUAGGCAUUUCGAUACUUGUGCUUGCCAGUCUGAGAAGAGUUGGACUUGUACAAUAUGUUUGAUUAAUAACCAACAAAGCUAUGUACGAAUUUGCGACGUAUAAAACUGCUUCCAUUUUGGGAGAAAGAAUAAAAAUAUUAGCUAGGUAACAAAGAAAAAUAACAAACUGUGAAAAACGCAAUGAUAAGCCAUGGACAAUGGCCAUAGAUGGGGAAGAUUAUAACGUAUUGCAAAUGACGAUCAUGAGUAAUUUUGGCAUCAUUUUUCACCUUUCUCAAAUCACGACAAAGUUCUUUUGCCUUUCAUGUUGAAAAUAUUUAAUUUUACGCAAGCAGUGGUUAGUAAAUUUCUUUGGCGAGUUUCCUUAUAAAAGCACAUACAGAGCUUCCUUUGCACUGAGUUGAAUGAAUAGCUCAUUUAGAGUGAUAUCACAGAGUGGUGUAAUACUUAUUCUGUCAUUCCAUAUCUUAAUGUGAACCUUGAAACAGCUUGGCUCUUUCUUUGACCAGGACACUUCCACGAGGCUCUAAGCAACAUAGAUAGGGCGAUUUUACUGGACUUUAGAAAUCCGGUAAGCCAACACUUCAUCACAUUUCAUAGACCUCAUUUAUCAAAGAUAAAAAAAAAUUUAAAUUGUUUCUCUCAGUUAUGGACAUUCAUUGUUGAGUAGAAGGCAUGGUAUUCAGAUUUCUGUUUUAAAACCUUCUUAUUUAAGGAUAAUUGUACUGCUACAAUAAUUUAGCAGUCUUGAAGCUGGGAGAAAAUGUAGUACUGACAAGAGGUUUUAGUAAUAUUCUCUCAAUUUCUUUUGCAAAGGGUUUAUUUUGCGUCAGGUCGGUGGUUAAUUUCCUUCUAAAUCGAGAGGAAAAGGUAAUAAAUCAGUUAAUUCAAUCUAAUGCAACACCGCUAAACUUUCAAGUUCAACGGAUAACAAGGCUAAUAAAUAAGUUUUCUAUUACAUGUUCAGCUCACAAUUUUAUACCAACGCAUCGCUAUAUUCAAUAUGGAGUGAUCCCUAAAAAAUUAUGUAUGUUCCUUUCAAAGUCAUAAAUCGAAUAACACCGCACUUGUUUUUUGUUAAUUCAAAGAUGACACUAGUUCCUGAGAAAACCUGUGGUAGUCCCUCUGGCAUAAUCCUUUUCGUCUGUAAUCGAAAAAGAGGCUCAGUUAUGCACUUAUGACUACCAUAGGGUAAGGUUUUGUACUUUCUUUAGAACCGGAAUCAGCAAAGUGUGACUUCAUAUAAAAGUCACUCUUUGUCUUGAAAGGGGGAAAUUAUUUUAGAAAACAAAUUAUUUUUAUGAGACCAUUAGACCCACCUCACCUCUUCAAAUUCUCCUUCGAGAAGCUUCUUCACUCUUCUAACGAUCUACAAGUGAAUUUCGCUCUUUCUCAUAAUCGCUUAAUUUAAUGUGCCCUACAUUACAGGCCUUAUCAGAUGUAAGUUUUGCUCUCCGACUUGCUCCCACGCAAGUCUGCGCGUGGCUUCUCAGAGGGCUCUUCAAGAAACUAAAGGUAUUUCCUCCAAAUAAUCAUAUCAUGUAAACUAACACCGCAUUUUCAGACAGAUAGUCCCAUUUAAAAGCUGAGAGAAUUCGGUAUAAAAGUCUGCUUUUGCUGGGGAGUGAGGAGUGGGGAGGGGGAAGGGGGGGGAAAGGAGAGGGAGGAUUUUGGAGGAUCGUAUGGGUUUCAGGGGUAACAAAAGGGGGAUCAAUCGUCGCUAACAGAGUGUAAAUGGAGGCCUACAAAUUAACUACAAUGAGGGGGAGAUCAUUACAAUACCACAGGGCCUUAAGGAGGGGGGGGAGAUCAGGCCUGGGGGAUAAUAAAAUAAGGGACUAGUCCCUUUACAGUGACCUGUAAGCUGCCUGAAAUGGGUGAGACUAAAAAUUUACAUGCCAUAUCUGACAGACAUGAUCAGGGGAUGCUUAAACCUCUGAGUAUUUAUAUCUUGUCGUAUCCAUUCUGUGGUAUUAUAAAAUUUUAUUCUCUAAAUUCUCUUUCAUCAAUUAACAGAAAGAAAAAAAUGAAGCUAAUGUUACAAGAAUUAAAAAACUCGAACCUGACCUUGCUAAGGUAAGCUAAAACCACUUUUGGCUCAAUUUUUGGUGUCGUUGUUAUUUUUGUGUUGUUGUUGCUUUUUAUUUUGCACGCUCCAACUCACUUUGCAAAGAAAGAAGAGUGAAUGGUGUAAAAGCUGGUAGGACUGGUUUUAUGGAGAAAAUUUACGCAUUAUCCAGUCUAGCUUUCAACGUGUUCUGGUUAUUCCUCUGUCCAAACAUAAAAAUUGUGGGGUGGUGCCUCCAAGGGGUUCCAGUGUUAGCUUUCUUAAAGAAAGCUCCCGGCCCGUUCUUGUAGCAUACACUGAACAUAUCUCGUGCACUUGGACUAAGACGAAAUGUUAAAAACCGGAUCAUUGGAUGAUACAAUUCAAGAGUUCUCAUUGGCUUAGCCAAUAUGGGUUAUGAGCCAUUAUACCAUGCGCGCGCAUGAAGACGAGUCAAACUGAAAGUCACUUUGUAUAUUUUCAUAUUCUAUUUGUUCUUAAAAAAAUAAAGUUGCGAAGAUUCGUCUAUAUUUUAAAACGUUUUUGAUAAAACAAUUAUUCCACCAGCGCUUGUUGGAUAUGAUUAUUGUGAACUCGGCCCUGCAGUCUCCGUGGACUAUCUAUCAUCUUACAUAUAUCCAACGCGCAUUCGUGGAAUUAUUAUUAGGUGGCUAAAUUUUUUUUCAAUAUUGGUAAGGCCUGUGAAAUAAAUCCAGAUGCAGUGCUGUUCAUAAGAAUAAAAGAUCUUAGGACCCACUUUCAAGCACUAUUUGAUCGGUAAGUUUAAGAUCGGCAUUUACUUGGCAUAAACUUUUUAAUCAACUGAGCUAACCUGAUGAACUUCUGUGAGGAUCUUCCAUCCAGGUGACCGUAUGUUUAUAUGGUUUUACACAAGCGGUACCCUUCUAUUCAUUUCAAGAGCCAGUGAAAAUGGCGCUACCUUCUUCGUUACAUGACAAAAUAGUACCCCUCAGCCACGCCCAUCAUUUUUCGGCUUCUUUUCAAAGUUUCUCAGCCCCAUUUCCUGCAGUCUUCUAACAAAUGAUUUCCUUUACAAUCUAGGGAUAAUUAUUGACCAUAGUAAAGCUUUUUUCUGUUUUCAUCUGCAUUAAUCUCAUUCUUUUAGGUUUCUUCCCUCUAUUCGUGUGUCUCACUCUCUAACCGUUAGUGACGUCAUUGAAACAGAGCGGACAACAAAAGCUGGAUAUGGAAGGACUGAAUGGAAACAAAGUAUCGCAUCGUACUCAGGUAUUCUUAUUAUUAUCAUUCUUAUUAGAUAUUUGAGGGAUCAGUCUUUUCUGCCGUAUUUUGUCGAACAACUCCUUGUUGAGAACAUUGAGCAUAACUGUUUUCAAAAAAGCGCUUGAAAGCCACACACUAUGGUUGCCUAUCUCCCUGAAACAUUUCAAUGUGCCAACUUUUUACACCUCAACAUCAGUAUAAAUAUUUCAUACUGUUCAUCAUACAUUUCCAACAACCCUGACAAGGAGAAUGUAAUGAACACUUAAGAGUUUCUCUAUUUGGUGAUCAUUUCCCUUAAUAUCAUGACCUUUAUGGCUAAUUCAGCAGGAAAACCUCAAGAAGGAAUGAAAUGUCAGGGCUAAACGUUCUGAACUUGGCAAUCACACGCAUCCAGCAUGGCUUAGAAAUGAUUAUAGAAUCAUAACCAACUACACGGCUCAAAGGUUGGGAGCGUCCAGUGUAGAUUGAGGGAAAGGAAUACAGAAAUGAUCAUCAACUAAGGAAGCUCUUGACUGUUGAACAAUCUUUCCUCGUUUGCAUCUUAGGAAAUGUAUAGAGAGAAUUGUCAGUGGAAAACAUGCACACUGACAUUAGGGUGUAAAGGGUUAAGUGAAAAAUAAAAAAAAAAGGAGUAACCUGUUUUAAUCUUGUUUUUGAACCAGACCCCUUUAUUUUCUUUCAGGAAAUCAAUCUGCGGUUAGUCAAAAGACUGUUCUUCUUCCUCCGAAUCCAACCUUUUGUGUGUGGAGUGGCAAAACCGCAACAAAAGCUUCGAACGUGUCCGCCAAAAGACGAAAGUGGACUCACUGGGAGCAAGCUUGAACAAUUUACCACAGAAUCGAGUAUAUCACAUCACAGAUACUCUUUAAACAUUAGCAAGGAUCUCACACCGAAAAAGACACCUUAUCAAACAAGAAGCGCAUGCGGGCCGCGUGUUCCGCACGUGACUCUCAAGGAGGUCGUUAGCGUAAAGAGCGCAUGCGUGUGUGGUGAUAGAAAGUUUAUCGGAGUGAGGAAUUUUUGGGAAAGGAGCGCGGAGGAUCUUGGGGACAACGACGUAAGUUUUAAUAGGCUAAUGCUUAUAAUCCUUGAGGUAACGCAAGAGACAUUCCCUUCAUACGCCUAUCAUCCAUACGCAAAUUGUUGUCCAAGCCCCAUUGAUUCCUAUCCACGUGUACCAAGGUUUCUGUCUCCAGACAGAUAAGCUUCGCUAUUUUUCGGGAGGUAAAUCAAUUUUGUUGUGGUGGUUGUUGUUAAAUCCUUGAUUAUCCAGGAACUUUCGCUACUAAAUACAUAGACGGGUGAGGAACGUAAUUUAUGUUUUAAUGUAAUUAAGACGCCGCUUUCAAGUCAACCAAGGGGAUGUUUAAUCGUUCAACAAAAAUUUACAUCUGUUUAUUUCAUAACCUUUAAAUUCGUAACUUGUCCAGUAUACAAACAAUGUCAUUCAACCAUAACUAUCGACAGCCUACCAGAACCAGAAAGGACGUGUUGAUUACUUCAGGAAAAUCUUACGUCUGUGUAUUUAAAAACCUUUAAAAUCGUAACUUUCCAGUAAACAAGUGUGGUAGUCCAACGGUAAUUAUGUCCGAGUCGGUAGCUCAUCAGAACUGAUCGAGUUGUGCGAAGCAAAUCUGUUCUAUCCACACCCUCCAUAGUAACGUAUAAUAAUUUUGUGUGCAGCUGACCCAGAUUUGCAUUCAUCCGUCAUCAACCAAACAGGUUCAGAUCUGUCGCCUAACCCUUAAGCAUGACUAGCAACAAAUUUCUCAAUACAAUAUCACACCUGAAUCAUAAAAAAAGUCAUAAAAAGUCAUAACAAUUCAAAGAAAUGAUCGCCAUCAAGAGGAAUUUGAAAGUUAACCAAAUUCUCUCCGUCAAAUCCGUAGAAUAGUAGGAGAAGAUGCCGACUGAUAAAUGACCUCAGUAUUAGGUUUUUGAAUGCUUCUCGUGGUGUUUUGGUCUCCAAGGUAUCAUACUAAUUGUGCAUUUUGAUUGUCAUCUCAAAUAAUGAUCAUAUACCAGCCUAUGAACUUUCUUUGUUUAUUUCUCCUUUAUCGUAAAGUUUGUUCUUUCUUUUCAUUUGUUCUAGGAUCUUUCCAUGAAAAGUGAGAGAAUGUACUCAAGGUAUAAUUGAUUACAAUCGUCAUUUCACUUUGUUAGUCUAACUUCAUUUUCAAAAUGAUUUCCUAUGGAAGUCCCCUGAUUAAAAUCUUCCAUCAUUUAUUUUUCUUUAGGAGGUGGCUGCAAGAUAGGAUUCCCACAAAAAUUCCAGACUUUGCAGGUUGCCGAAAGCUUCCUUAAAGAGAAUCUCUCGCGUAUUGUCUCAAGUUUACCACAAGCCCUGAAAAAUCCGAACAUUUUAAAUUAAUUAAAUUUCAUAAUAAAAUUUCAUAUAAAUAAACUCAAAGGUGUAAAACCAAACGAAAACAAACCAUUGCACGUUGAUAAAACCUCUAUGCUUUCUCUCUGUAAGGGAGAGGUGCUUGACCAUGUAUUUUUGAAAGAUGCUAUGCCACGGUCCAAACAUUUCCUUCAUAAACCACUACAGACGUGAAAUAUACCUCUUCAUAUAUGUAUACUUAAAGUACGAACACGCUUCUCUGACAUAUUUUGUAAUUAGAAAUAAAAGGCUAAAGAAGCCUCUUGUAAGUCUAAAAGAACAACAUUACUGUGUUUUCUCAUGACUACAUAGCCAAGUCAUCUCAUGUCAUCCU